AUGAAUUUAAAAGGAGAGAUGAGUGUUGUGGAUAAUAAUAUAUUAUGUGGCUGGCACAGUUGGUUGGCGCAAAAUGAAUUUUCCUUCUCUCCCUUUUUUACCUCGUUUUUAUUUAAAAAUGAAGGAGAAGGAGAGGAAUGUGCCACUGAAGCAAAAAUAGAUUGAAAAGCUUUUGGACGGUGCGCGCAAAAAUUUCUAUACGGAAAUGGACGUUGGUCAAUGAAUGAAUGAAGUUGGUGUGUGUUAAUGGGGAUUGACUAUGUGUAGAUAGUAAAAGUAUAUAUGUACUUACAAGGGGAUAAGAAUUGAGAAAAUUAGCCUUUUGGGAGCUUAAAAAAGGAAAAAGGAAAAUGGGGAAAAAUAUGAAAAAUAUUUUUUUUUAAAUUUUUGCAUUUUUUUGAAGAGUUAAGCACGAGUUUAAGUCACCAGGAGAGGUACAUAUUUGAACAAGCAACCUUCCCAGCAAGCAACCUUUCCACAGUAGCUUCUCCCUGCUUCUCCUUAAAUAUCACCUCAACCAACCUACAUCCUUAAAAUAUUUUUCCAAUUUUUCUCGAAAUCCUAUCAAUAUUUUGUACCAAUAAAAAGAUGUUAAUUUUUCUAUUUUUAUUUAAAAACCCCAGUCAUAAAAACAAAAAAAUAUUUUUUUUUUAAUUUAACUACUAUUUUUAGUCUUUUUUAUAGGCUUUGCAUAAUUUGGCACGCAAUGUUUUUGUUUCGCAUUUUUAAUAUUAUAAAUAUACAGAGAGG